AGUGCGGGGGCCGCCUUCGAGUCUCCGGGAGCUGCCCUGGGCUCCUCCGGUGCGCGCCGGCUCUCCGGUGCGCUUCCGUAGGGUUUUUGGGGCCCGCCCUCCUCCCCGAACUUCUCCGCCCUGGCGGUGGCCGCAUUGCCUGGCGGCGCCUUGCGUUUCGGGGUUUAAUUCUGGCGCUCGCCAGCCGGGCCGACUCCACCCCCUGCGCCCCGCCCCUGCCGAGCCCCGGAGCUGCAGCCGAGCUCCGGAGCAGCAGCCGAGCCUGGAGCGAGCGUCCGGCGCACCCGCAAGUUGGGAGCAGCGGUUGGAGAAUGGUUGUCACUGCCCUGGAUGGACCGCUGGCCUCUUGAAUUACUUCCAUCUUCUGCCCACACCAGGAAAUUAUCCGUGGAGUUGAAAUAUGUUAUAGUCUCUUAGAGCUUUGGAUAAUUAAGGUUGAAGGCGUUUCGGAACUUCAUGCAUGAACUUUGCAUGACUCCUCACUCCUUUCUGCACCUGUCACUGGAUUCAUGCCAGCAUGGCUCAGACCACAAAGGUUAACGGCUGUGCCUCAGGAACAGCAGAUGAUGUCCUGAAUGGAGACCAUGACAAGGAGCAGAAAGACCCCUACUUUGUGGAGACCCCUUAUGGUUACCAGCUAGACCUGGAUUUUCUCAAAUACGUGGACGACAUACAGAAGGGCAACACCAUCAAGAAACUGAACAUCCAGAAGAGGCGGAAGCCAUCCGUGCCAUGUUCGGAAGCCAGGGCCGCACCUGGUCAGCAAGCUGUGUGGACUUCCACCGACUCCUUGUCGUCCUCCAACAGUGAUGACAGCAAGCAGUGCCCCAGCUUCCUCCUAGCCAGAAGCCAAGUCACGUCGACUCCAGUCUCAAGGCCGCCUGCCCCUCUGGAGAGCUCACCUGCCUUUCUUACCAUCCCAGAAAAUCGGCAGCUGCCACCGCCGUCGCCACAGCUCCCAAAGCACAAUCUUCAUGUCACCAAGACGCUGAUGGAGACCCGGAGGAGACUUGAGCAGGAGAGAGUCACCAUGCAGGUGACCCCGGGUGAGUUCAGAAGGCCCAGGCUGGCCAGUUUCGGAGGCCUGGGCUCCACCAGCUCCCUCCCCUCCUACAUGGGCUCUGCAAACCACAAUUCCGCCAUGCACCAGCUUCAGAAUGGAUACCAAGGCAACGGGGAUUAUGGUGGCUAUGCCCCGGUAGCCGCCACCACUUCCUCCAUGGGGAGCUCCAUCCGCCACAGCCCCCUGAGCUCAGGAAUCUCCACCCCAGUGACCAACGUGAGCCCCAUGCACCUGCAGCACAUCCGUGAGCAGAUGGCCAUUGCCCUGAAACGCCUGAAGGAGCUCGAGGAGCAGGUGCGAACCAUCCCUGUGCUCCAGGUUAAGAUCUCCGUCUUGCAAGAGGAGAAAAGGCAGUUGGCCUCACAGCUCAAAGACCAAAGGGCUGCAUCGCAGAACGAUGCCUGGGGGGUGAGGAAGCGGUCGUACAGCGCGGGGAAUGCCUCCCAGCUGGACCAGCUGUCCCGGACCCGGAGAGGUGGCGGGGAGCUGUACAUUGACUAUGAGGAGGGCGAGAUGGAGAGCGCAGAGCAGAGCACCCAGAGGAUAAGGGAGUUCCGGCAGCUCACCGCCGACAUGCAGGCCCUGGAGCAGAAGAUCCAGGACAGCAGCGGCGACGCCUCCUGGGAGCCCACGGAGAACGGGCAGUGCCGGCCGCGGGAGUGCCGCUCGGUGGCGGUGGGUGCCGAUGAGGACAUGAACGCCACCGUGGUCUACCACCGGGGCUCCCGGGGCUGCAGAGAUGCCGCCGUAGGGACAGUCACUGAAACGAGGAAUUCUGGGGUCAGCGUGACAGAGGCCAUGCUUGGAGUGACUACUGAGGCUGACAAAGAAAUUGAGCUGCAACAGCAGACCAUAGAUGCCCUCAAGGAGAAGAUCUACCGCCUGGAAGUGCAGCUGAAGGAAACCACACACGACCGUGAGAUGACGAAGCUCAAACAGGAACUGCAGGCUGCCGGAUCCAGGAAGAGAGCUGACAAAGCCACCAUGGCCCAGCCCCUGGUUUUCAGCCAGAUGGUGGAGGCAGUGGUGCAGACGAGAGACCAGAUGGUUGGCCGGCAUGUGGACAUGGUAAACGCGUGUGUCGGGACCUCCGUGCAGACAAAGAGCGUGGGCAUCUCCUGCCAGCCUGAAGGUAAGGAUCAAGACGCCGGGCCUGAGCUGCCCAUGAGCUGCUGGGUUGUUAAGGAGAGGGUGGAAACCCGUGACCAGUGCACCGGGAGGACCCUGGACACCUGCGACAAGAGCGUGGGUGUGGAAGUCAGCGUCUGCGAAACGGGGAGCAACACGGAGGAGUCUGUGAACGACCUGACACUCCUCAAGACAAACCUGCAUCUCAAAGACGUGAGGUCCAUCGGCUGCGGAGACUGCUCCGUCGACGUCAUGGUCUGCUCCCCGACGGAGCGCGCCUCCCGGAGCGUGAACACUGAGGCCGUGGGCCGGGUGGAAGUUGCUGUCACGGCGGCGCCGCACACCACAGACCGGCACACCAGCACCGCCUUGCAGCAGGCCAGCCAGUCCACCAACACCGAGACGGCCUCCUUUGCUGAGGCCAGCACCAACACCUGCCUUAGUACUUUAGACAAGCAGACCAGCACGCAGACCGUGGAGACACGGACAGUGGCCGUAGGAGAAGGCCGCGUCAGGGACGUCAACUCCUCCACCAAGACUCGGUCUGUCGGGGUGGGAACGGUGCUCUCCGGCAAUUCUGGGCUUGACAGGCCGUCUGCUGUGAAGACCAAAGAGUCGGGCGUGGGGCAGAUCAAUAUUAACGACAGCUAUCUGGUGGGACUCAAAAUGAGGACCAUAGCGUGUGGGCCUCCACAGCUGACGGUGGGACCGGUGGCCAGCAGAAGGAGCGUGGGGGUUGGGGAUGAGCCGGUAGGGGAGUUCCUGGAGAACCCCCAGGCCCAGGCUCCGUCUGGGGUGAUGACCAGCUUGGAUCACUACAUUGAGCGCGUCCAGAAGCUCCUGGCAGAGCAGCAGACGCUGCUGGCCGAGAACUACAGUGAACUGGCAGAGGCUUUUGGGGAACCUCACUCGCAGAUUGGCUCCCUCAACUCCCAGCUCAUCAGCACCCUGUCGUCCAUCAACUCUGUCAUGAAGUCUGCAAGCACCGAAGGGCUGAGGAACCCCGACCUGCAGAAAAUCCGUCUGGGUGACAUGACAGGAAAUACCUUGGAAUGCACCUGUAAGUGCAGAGGCCUUGUGUCAGGAGGACACCUGACGUCCCAGACGGACCAGGAGGUGGAGACCACAGAAGGGAGGCCCAUCAGCAGCCGGGUUGCCUUCCCCGCUCAGGAAAGUUCAUCAUCGCCCGUGAACCUGACAGAUGAUCAGAUAGCUGCUGGCCUCUACGUAGGGACAAAUAAUGAAAAUACAUUGAAGUCCAUCAUGAAGAAGAAAGAUGGCAACAAAGAUUCAAAUGGCACAAAGAAGAACCUUCAGUUUGUUGGCAUUAAUGGAGGGUAUGAGACAACUUCAAGUGAUGAUUCCAGCUCAGAUGAAAGCUCCUCUUCCGAGUCAGAUGACGAGUGUGAUGCCCUUGAGUAUCCUCCUGAAGAAGAGGAGGAGGAAGAGAAGGAGGAAGACACUCGGGGAAUGGCCGAAGGGCACCAUGCAGUUAAUGUUGAAGGUUUCAAGUCUGCCAGGGUGGAAGAUGAAAUGCAGGUUCAAGAAUGUGAACCUGAGAAGGUGGAAAUCAGAGAGAGGUAUGAAUUAAGUGAAAAGAUGUUGUCUGCUUGCAACUUACUCAAGAAUAAUAUCAAUGACCCCAAGGCUCUGACCAGCAAAGAUAUGCGGUUCUGUCUGAACACCCUCCAGCACGAGUGGUUCCGCGUGUCCAGCCAGAAGUCGGCCGUCCCGGCCAUGGUGGGCGACUACAUCGCGGCCUUUGCCGCCAUCUCCCCGGAAGUGCUGCGCUACGUCAUCAACAUGGCAGACGGCAACGGCAACACGGCCCUGCACUACAGCGUGUCCCACUCCAACUUCGAGAUCGUGAAGCUGCUCUUGGAAGCAGAUGUGUGCAACGUGGAUCACCAGAACAAGGCGGGCUACACGCCCAUCAUGCUGGCAGCCCUUGCCGCGGUGGAGGCGGAGAAGGACAUGCAAGUCGUGGAGGAGCUGUUCGGCUGCGGGGACGUCAACGCCAAAGCCAGUCAGGCGGGGCAGACGGCCCUUAUGCUGGCCGUCAGUCAUGGGCGGAUAGACAUGGUCAAGGGCCUGCUGGCCUGUGGGGCUGAUGUCAACAUCCAGGACGACGAGGGCUCCACAGCCCUGAUGUGUGCCAGCGAGCACGGGCACGUGGAGAUCGUCAAGCUGCUCCUGGCCCAGCCGGGCUGCAACGGGCACCUGGAGGACAACGAUGGCAGCACCGCGCUCUCCAUCGCCCUGGAAGCAGGCCACAAGGACAUCGCCGUUCUUCUCUAUGCCCAUGUCAACUUCGCCAAGGCCCAGUCUCCGGGCACCCCCAGGCUUGGAAGGAAGACGUCUCCGGGCCCCGCCCACCGCGGCUCAUUUGACUGAUUACAUGCAAAAAGCCCUCCACUUCCAUGCCACCAGUAAGCUGCUAAUCGUCCUGUUGGGGUGACAGAUUCUGAAUGUACGUGUCUUGUGCCUGAGCUCACCAGCACCCGGAAGCGUGAAGCUGAAGGAGGAGACGGAAGCUUUCGCAGCACGCCGGAGGCCGCCCUCUCUCGGUGCAGGUCACACGGCCGCGCUCUGUUGCUGCUCAGUGUCUGCUCUGUUACGUACGGUAACCUGGAUGGGCGACUUCCCUUCCUUCUCUCCCCACUCCCCUCUGCAGAGAUGUGGCAGGUUCUCCUGGAAGUUCUCCACCAAUAUUUAUACUUACUAACUGUGCAGCCGCUGCGAGGCUCUUCAGCAAUGCCGUUCCAGCAUGAACUGGGGGACUCUGCUUUUGCCUUCAUGAUUUUGAACUAAGGAACUUGAGAUGACGUGGAUCAUCCAUACUGCGGGUCGGCGCUGGUAGUUUCUGCUUCGAAAAUAAAAUUUACAAAAGGAAAUGUUCUCAGUCGGUUUUAUCGAGGUGGAGGUAUUCUGUGACUUUUUAUAUAAAAGCUAUAUAUGACAUUGACACAGUAUUUUCAAUUUUAUAUUUCAUAGUAACACAAGUCAUGAAGAAGUACCUGUAACGUGACCAUAUUUUUAUUAAUAAACGCAGUAUCUCAUGACAAAUGCUGAAUUGCAUCAGAGUUGGCUCUGAGUUGCCAGAGCAGCGCGGUGUAGGUCUCUGUAUUUAUACAUUUCUUUAUACCAUGUCACAUGGACUUUGGUUCUGUAUGUAUUUAAAUGUUUGAAGUGCCUUAGACUCUUGCCAUAUUUUCCAAAUAAAACUUGCUGAAGCCCC